UUUUGAGAUGAUCAACUUUGCUUGGUAACUCCCCCUUUGCGAUCAUGUGACUUCGUUGUUUUGUUUCCAUUCUCUCGUCUUGGACUGCCGAAUGUUAUCAUCUGUUUGUGAUAGGCCUAGGCCUACACACUGGCUGUGAUGUUUGUUAUCGCGGCUGUGUAGUAGAUCUAUGUGAAACGACAACGAAUUUUUGUUUUGAAAGAAUAUUCUGAUGUGAAAGGACUUGACUGGUUCUCCUGUGGAUAUUCUCUGUCAGUGCAAAAUGGAGUGGAUAAAUGUUGUGAAUACUACAGUGGCCCCACACAACACGACAACACCCCUACCCCAGUCACACUCGUAUCCUGAUUAUGUUGGCUACAUAUGCUCCCUUAUUGCUGUACUAAUGUAUGGCAGUAACUUUGUACCCGUAAAGAAGUUUGUCACCGGAGAUGGUAUGUUCUUCCAGUAUGUUCUGUGCAGUGGUAUCUUCCUGGUUGGAAUUGUGGUUCAGCUUGUGCAGAACUCCACUUUCUACCCCCUGGUUAUGCUUGGAGGUUUUAUCUGGGCCACUGGCAACUUGUGUGUGGUACCCGUUUUUAAAACGAUUGGAAUGGGACUGGGAAUGAGCAUUUGGGGCACAUUUGCCCUGGUGGCUGGAUGGGCCAGUGGGAAAUUUGGCUGGUUUGGGAAUAAGGACGAUGUAAUAAGUAACCCUGCUAUGAACUAUGGAGGGGUCGGCUUGGCGUUUGGAAGUAUUCUGCUUUAUGUAAUGGUGAAAAAUGAAGUCAGCGGUUCCACAGAGAUGGAGAUAAUUGUCACUGAGGAGGAAACUUCUCCUCUCAUUUCUGGACCACAAUCUUCAAUAAAUGAGUCGCAAAGGUCGACUCCAGCCUCUCGCAAUGGUGAUGAUGUUCUUGUCUUCAACAAGUUGGCAAAUGAUGCAAAGAAAUCUGGUAACGGCAACGGAAACGAUGAGGAUGAUGAGCAGGAUGACCGCAUGUGGAUUGAAGAUUUGUCUCCCAUGUUGAAGCGAAUAAUAGGCACAGGGUUGUCCAUUUUUUCUGGUUUCAUGUACGGCAUCAACUUUACUCCAGCCAUACACGUGCAGGACAAUGUACAAGGCGCCAGCAAGAAUGGGUUGGAUUAUGUCUUUGCCCACUUUUGCGGCAUCUAUAUGUCCAGCUCCAUAUACUUUUACAUCUAUUGUGCUGUAAAAAAGAACAAACCCAAGGUGUACCCAAAGGUGAUCCUGCCUGGCAUUGUGUCUGGCAUCAUGUGGGGUAUCGCCACAGCUUCCUGGUACAUUGCCAACGCCACUUUGUCGGAAUCUGUCACUUUCCCCAUCAUAAGCACAGCCCCUGCUGCCAUAGCCUCACUUUUCUGGGGCGUCGUUGUCUUUCAUGAGAUCAAGGGAAAGCGAAACAUUCUGAUUCUGAUUGCAGCAUUUUGCAUCAUGAGUGGAGGUGCUGUUUUAGCCGGCCUGUCCAAGUAGGACACAAGGACUCAGAUAUGGCACAACAGAUUCUAUGUUAUCUAUAUCGUUGGUGCAUUUCGCUAUCCGCGUAUUGAGCAUUCAGAUACUUUCCAAAAAAUUUUAAAAACCUUUUUUAUUACUCUAGUACGCGUAUUAGCCUCUUGAUUUUUACAAUUUAUGUUUAAGUUGUCAUGAACUAUUGAUGCUAGUUAAAAUGUGUGAGCUGAUUUUUAAGAUUGUGCUCAGAUCAAAUGUCUUUAUACCGUAGUUUUCAAAUUUUGUUCCAUACGUGGAUAGCAAACUGCAAUGAGGAUAAAUUGCUUUAUUGAAAUGUUUCUAUGUAAUUUGUUCACAUUGGUGCAAAGCCGCCCUGGUGCUGUGAUGAAAUACUAACUCAUUGAGAUGGUGUGGGCCCCAUGUGACCAGCAAAUGUGUCAAAAAAGCUUUGCCUUUUUAUACUCCCUUUACUGCCGUAAGCUGACAAAGCGCCCUUUUUUUUUAUUCACUGCAGUUUCGAGAUAAAGAAGUUUUUUGCCAGCAUACCAUUUAAAAAAGGCGCUCUCCUGAAAAGGGAAUUCUAAUUCAUUCAAAAAUUAGUUACAGCUUCACUUUGAUUUUUUUGACACAAGUAGGAUAACUGAUCAGGCUUUUGAUUUAGCAAAUAAAAAAAAUUUGGCACCAGAAAUGAAAAAAGGGGUUUUGUCAUCUUACAGCAGUUAACAUUUUGCAGAAAUUGAAAUAAACUGCUCUGUUUUUGGGGGGGUCGUUUUUUUAAAAUUUCUAUGUAUUUAAGUAAUUUUUUUAAAGAAAUUGUUCAAUUUCGUUUCCUUAUGAAAAAAGAGUGCUUGAAAUUUGAGUGCUUAUCUUUUUUGUUCAUGUUUAGUAUAAUUAUGAGUACUGCAAAUAAAAUUCUGUCUACGGCUUUUGCCCUUA